AUGGCUCCACCAACUUACUGCAUGAGGUUGCCGGAGCCUGGAUACGUCCACGAGGUGUUCGAAACGUUCGAUAGCUGUGAAUCCACCUGCGCUUCGUCUCUACGCGCAAGCGUGUUCUUCAACAUGCGCACGCUGGGUCGCUUCAGUCUAGUCACGGUCGAGAAUCACCGCUCGAGCUUCCGAGGUCCCGCACGAGGAGCAGUAUCUCCGCAAGCUAUCCUAAAGACGAUGCAAAGGCCUGGACUGAUCACUGCAGCCGGCAACUACAACCUAUUCAAGCAUGCUUGGUUUCGAUGGGAUGUUGGACAGCCUCGCAUGAACGGCUGGCUGUACGGCUGUCCUGUUGGAGAAACGAGCCUGACGCGUCGGCAUGUGCCCGUGCCAGAAGUGCAACGUCCGCACUGGAAGAUGCCAAAGACGAUCAAUCCGGCCAAAGACUCGCUAUGGAAUCGUAGCUUUGCGUAUGCGAAUGAGCUGCCCUUGCGAGAAGGAGACCGGAGGGGCAACGACUUGUUCGCAAGUCUACAAGCUGGAGACGAUGCCUUGUCUUUUGUCCUCACCUCGCUCAAAAGAGGCGUGCCGACAACUUUGUCCAUGACGGCAGAGAUAGAGGCGGCCUUUGAUAUGGCCAAAACUUGCGUGGUGCGGUACGAAGGCGAAGAGUACAGAUGGAAAGAUGCCAAACAGAGGAGUUUGUGCGCAUUUGUCCAAAGUCUUCCGCCUCUCGCUGACGUGCGAGACACGUACAACGUCGAACUCUUCCAGAGCGACCCGCACGAUAGCAAGUCGCGGACUCAACAAUCCAUGCUGCCAGGUAAUUGGGCGCACGGUCGAGAGAAGAACGAAAGGUCUGGCAAGAUCGAAUUGAAGGAUGGAAGACUGAUCGACUACGCCUACACCUGUCCUUCGCGCGGUCAUGGUCUAGAUUUCAACGAGAUGCGAGACUUGCUCUUCGCUUAUUUGAAAUUCAAAGACAUUGACGUUGCGCUCGUCAAGGAUAUCUGGAACAGCGAUGGUUCGGCGAGCAUUGUGCAGUACUUGCGUCGAUCGGAUGGCACGGUCUUGGCACUAUCCAAAGGAGGGCUCAAAGGCGCACCUUUACCCUCGUACGCGGAUGACAUCCCAGCUCAUCUCGUGCGUGAUUGUCCCAACUACUUCAUCCUCCGACGUGCAGUGGACGAUAUCGACGAUGCGGUGUCCUUGCGCGAUUCGGAAAUAGGAGAUGAAGAUGUGCCCGAUGCAGUCGAACAGAGCGAUAAAGAUGAUGCUCCCAUCUGGUUCGAAAACGACAUGUGGCGUAUCAAGAAUGUCGCGCACCAAAGAUUGGCUGCUGAGUCACUCAUCGAGCACAGAGUCACUCAGCUCGAGGCAGCAGCAAGCAUAUUACCAACAACCUGCAAGGUCGAGCCUAUCGCGAACGCCACAAUGUGCUUUGAGAACGCUACUACAGAGCGAUUUUGUAGCAUGUCAUCACGCGCUGCCAAGCUUCGCGCUGGAUUCGCGCGCUUCCUCGGCUGGACGACGCUCCAUCAGCGGCUAGCUCGAGCAGACAGCGAAGCUUUUUUCUGCAGCAUUGGUGCUCAGAGUAUUGUUGGGGAGCAAGAGGAGGCAGUCGAUCUGCUACUAGAGCUGCGCAAGCUCAAUGAGCAGCUAGCGAGAGGGUGGAACGAGCUGCGUUUGAGUGCGAAAGUGUGUCGUUGGAGUAGCAUCAAGCUAGAUCUUGCUCUCUCGGUGCACAACCUCUCGGCAUACCACGAACGUCCAUCCACCUACUGGCCCGUCGUGUUCCUCUCGUUGGCUUUGCUGGACAUCUCCAUUGAUCUCUAUGCUCCGGUACAAGCUGGUCACUUAGAAGUUCUGCCAGGUCAAAUAUCGCCCGACAUCUACCUGCUCGUCCUCUGCUACGGUUUGAUACGAGGAAAGGGCAGCAGUCACUUUCGUUGGUCUGGUAUCCUGUACGAUUUCAUCGUCAAACGUCUAGCCAGCAAGUUCACGCUCUUGGCGCUACACUUUGGUUCGCUAAGAGCUUCUAGCCCGACCUACUAUGCAGCCGUCAUCGUCCCGGGGUUGUUGACGGGUGGCGCCAGAGUGUUUUCGGAACCGCUGCUUCGCUGGACUCAACGCAGAGAGAUCAAAAAGAUGGUCCAAGCUGUUCGAACCUCGUCUGACGCGCGCCUCAAAUUCUUCGUGGAAGUGUUGCAGGAGCUCAACAAGAAGCAGCUGAGAUUUGUGGUGCAGAUCAACGAGCGCAGACGAGAAGGGCAGCUCGCCAUGACGGACGAAACGGCCAUUGGCAACGAUGUCGAUCGCAUAGCCAAUCUUGCCGACUUGUUCUCAAUGCUAUCGACCAAGGAAAUCCCGUCGAGGAUGCCGCAUGACAAUAAGACCGAAAAGGCCAUCCCUAUGGGCGGUGGGAUCCUAGUCGGAUUGAUCUGGAUGUCGCUCUCCUAUCGCAGUCCGGUGCUCUUGGCGGGCUCGUCGAUGCACACUGGUGUGCAGCUGGGACAGCUGAUUUGGAUGUUCAAGAAUCCCGGCUACUCGCCCGCAGAGAUGCGCCGAUUGGUGCAGGAGAAGUUGUCGGCUAUCUUGGUGACCACUUCGACUGUUGGGGCUAUCCUCUAUGCGCGCGGAACGGGCGCUUUUGAGCAGGUAUGGAUACUCGCAACGGUCUGUGUGCUUACCAACGGCUUCGAACUUGUCGCGGGCAAUAUCCUAUCCACUGCGGUGGACUACAUGGUCGAGAGGGUACUUGGGCUGUGGCGUACCCUAUCAAGGCGCGUCAAGCAGGUGGAAGCGGAGAAGAACAGUCACGCCUGACCCCAAAGACAGGGAGCAGGAAAUUGGGCGGGAGCGGAGCAACAGAUCGUCUCUUUGCGCAAAAGUCUUGAGCGUGUUCACGAGCAGUAUUCAGACACUUGGAGCUCCGGUGCCGAUCCCGGCGAAGCUCCCUCAAGCAUGCCAAGUGAACGAGUCUUGCUCUUGCCGUGCAAGCUUGACUGUCACUUUGCGCAGGUGCAUGGUCACUUGACGUCACCCACCCAUCUUGGCCCGAAAUUGACGUGCAGAGCAUUUCAUCCAUGUCGUUGACCAUCUUGAUGACAUGGCGGCUUCUCAUCGCG